AUGCAUAAUCAACAUGAAUCUCGUCAAUAUCAAUAUAGAGCAAGCACAAAUAUUCGUGAACGGCCAUUACAUUUUUGUAUUAUCUUAGUUUCACUUUUAUUCAUUUUUCUACUUGUUAUUGAAUCAGCAGCAUUUAUUGUACUUGGUGCUUGGCAUCUUAUUAUUCCACGUCUUGAAACUGUAUUAACUUUUUCAAAUGAAAUCUAUCGACGUGAGUUAGGCUUUGGUAUUCUUCUUGUUAUUAUUGGAUCAUUCGGCAUUUUAAUAAGUAUUCUGGGUCUUAUUGCUUUUUUUACUUUACGCUUAGUAUUAUUGAGAAUCUUUGAAUUAUGUUUAUGGCUUUUGAUGAUUGUUGGCGUAGUGGUUGGUAUUAUUGGUAUUAUUUUUGCAUCACAAGUAGAUGACUUUAUGAGUCAAUCAAAUAAUCCAAAUGUAACUGAGAGAACCUAUGCUGAAGAGAAGUUUAUGUUAGGAAUGAAUGGUGGAUUAGUUUUAUUCAUGAGUUUCACCUUGCUUAUUGGUAUCACAAUAGUUCGUUGUUUGACGGGUGAUGUCAACUCAUAUUCAAGUGGUCGUUCGUAUGUUCGGACACAAUGA